AUGGCACCUCCAAAAAUUGAACAAUUAAUCCAUGAUGAAAUAGAUAUUAAACACAAGACUACGUCUAAAAAGAAUCCAUUUGAAGUUGCUACUAAAAAGACAACUAUAAAAAGAUCAUCAAAUGAAAUUUAUCCCCAAAGAAAAGGUUUAAAUAAACCACAAAUCAAAAGUAAUAAACCAAUUGAUAUAUUAUUUGAAAAAUUGGAAAAAUUAUUAGAUUUACCUUAUGAAGAUAUAAUAAUUGACGUAUUAUAUAAUAGAUUAUUCCAAGAUAAUAUAAAUGACGAAUUGAAGAAAAGAUAUAAGGUUAUUGAACAAUUAUUGGAUUAUCUAUUAGAAUUGCAAAAAUAUUCAAUUGAAUCUUAUAAUAAUGAUAAGUUAAUGCAGGAAAAGAAUUUAAUUACUAUUUCAUUACAUGAUAUAAAAACAUUUAGUAAAUUGAUAAAUGUAAUCAUUGUUCAAGGUAUUUAUCCUGUAAUUAAUACUUUUCAAAUUGGUAUACCAUUCGAGAAAAGAAGACUUAAAGAGUUCACUAUCAAAUCUGUUAAAAUAACGACAUUGCCUAAGAAUUUACAGUUCCAUCAAGAGUUGUUGCAAUUAUUGUAUGACAAAUUUUUUAAAUUAUUUAGUAGUAAAUCAGACAUAACUGAUUUAUUAACUAAAGGCACAGGUUACUCAGAUUUCUUAGUCAUUUCAAUUUCUUUAUUAACUAUACCAUAUUUCAAAUUUGAGUCCAACCUAAAGUCUAAAUAUCAUGAACGAUUCAAGAUAAUAGAGUACAUUCCACAAACCUUUGAAUUAUUUCAAACUUAUUCAUUAUUAUUGUCUACUCCGCUGCCACCAUAUUUUAAAACAUUCGUCAUGAAUAGAUUACAAACAUUACCUUAUGAUGCACCAAAGAAAGAUGGUGUCUUAUCAUUAAUUGAAUUUGUAUUAGGUUUAAGAGAUAAUGAAGAUAUAAACAUUGAAAAAUUUGAUCAUGUUGCAAAUGUAAUUUUAACAAAACCAAGUCUGGUAUCUACAAUCAAUUAUUUCACAUCAAUAGGAAAUCAAUUUUAUGAUCUUUUGAUUAAUAUUAAUAGACCAAAUGUGACAUCAUGUGUGGGAUACGUUAUUGAAAAAUUAUGGAAUACAAACAAGUUAGUAACUACAGACUUUAUACUAAAAAGAAUUUGGAAUAAUUUCAAACCUGAAAAUGAGGAUAAAGAUAUACUAGUAACUGAAGCACAAUUAAAUAAUAAUAUCAAUGUUUUAAUAUCACUUACUAAAAAAGGUUUAGAACCAUCAUUGUAUAAAACCGUAAUUGAACCUAUUAUUACUUCAUUAUGGGGUUAUUAUUUAUUUUGUAAGAAGAAUUCAAAAGGUAUUGAAAUUAUAUCGAAUUUAUUAACUAGUUAUUUCACAGUAAUGAAAGACUUCGAUAAUGAUAAUAUAUCAGGAUUAAAAAUCAUAGCUAAUAAUUUAGUAACUGAUGGUGAUGAUCUUUGGAAAUUUGAAAUUGGAUUAAAUAAUAUGGUUCAGAUAAUUAAACGUAAAAUUGAAUUUGAAAAUUUAACAAAAGAACAAAAAUUGAACAAAUAUUUAAAUGAUUUAGAUUUUUCAGUGACUAGUUUUAUUAAAUUAUUGGAAAAUGUUGAUGAUGAAUUAAUUCAGGAAUUAUUUAAUAGAAUUUUGAAAAACUGGCUUGAGAAUAAAAAGACUCUAUUAGAUGAUGAAAACCCAUUUUUAAAAUUAAUUGAUUUAAAAUUAUUAGAAGCAAUUGGUGAAAAAUUUAAAGAUAUACUUGCACAAACUCCUGAUGCAAUGUUAGAAAUGGUUUAUAAUUUUUUAAACUCAAAAAAAGGUAUUCAAACAAUUCAAGAAGGAGAAGAUUCAGAUGAUGAAGAUGAAGAAAUUGAAACAUUACCAGUUUUACUAGAAUUAUUAUCUGCUAUAUUAUCUGAAAAUGAUGUAAUUGUGGAUGAUAAAUGUUCAAAACUACUUGUAAAAUUAAAUAAACUACUAUCAAAUUUGAUUAAUAGUUCAGAUUUGAAUCAAAAUGUCAAAAAAUCAAUAGAAUCAUUACAUUCAAGAAUUGAAAAUAUUAUACAUGGUGAUUAUCCAGUGUUUGAUGAGUUAGACGUACAGAAAAAUCAAUUAGCUAGAGCAAUUACAAGUUUAAAUGAUCCUUUAGUACCCAUUCGAGCUCAUGGGUUAUAUUUAUUACGUCAAUUAAUAGAAUCAAAAAGUUCUAUAAUUGCAUUAGAUUUCGUUAUUAAUUUACAUCUUGUUCAACUAAAAGACACAGAACCAUUUAUUUACCUAAAUGUAAUUAAAGGAUUAGAAAAAUUGAUUGAAUUUGAUGAACUACAAGUCCUCAAGAUUCUAUGCAAUUUGUAUUCUAAUAAAGAUGAAGAUUUAGAUGAGAGGUUAAAAAUAGGUGAAGUUUUAUUAAGAUAUAUAACAAAUUCAGGAGAAUUAUUCACUGGAGAAUUGGCAAACUUAAUUGUUAAUACAACAAUCUAUAUAAUUAGACCAGAGAAUCAAAUGGAUAACAAUUUAAGAAUGUCAAGUAUGUCUUUACUCGGUACUUGUUGUAAAGUGAAUCCUUUAGGUAUAGUAACUAAUUUAGAAACUGCACUUGAUUGUGCAAUUGGUAUAUUAAAUUUAGAAACUUCAAAAGAUGAAGCAAUAAUGAGAAGAUCUGCUAUUGUAUUGAUUCUUGAUUUGAUAUUAGGUACUUCUGAAUCUGACAAGAUUGAGUUUCCAUCGACUUAUAAAGAAAAAGUAAUUGUUAGACUUAAGUAUAUUGUUGAGACUGAUAAUGAUUUAUUAACGAGAGAACAAGCUCAAAAAGUUUUGGAUACAAUUAAUGAGUUGGUGAAAUUAGCAAUGGAAAUGUAUAAUGAUUAA